AUGGCGCUCGUGCCCAGCGCCCGCUACGUGAGCGCCCAGGGCCCGGCGCACCCGCAGCCCUUCAGCUCGUGGAACGACUACCUGGGGCUCGCCACGCUCAUCACCAAGGCGGUGGACGGCGAGUCGCGCUUCGGCUGCAGCCGCGGCGGAGACGACGACGGCGGUGGCGGCGGCGGAGGGGGUGGAGGCGGCGGGUCCCCGCCCUCCUCCUCCUCCUCGUCCUGCUGCUCCCCCCACGCGGGGACGGGGCCCGGGGCGCUGGGCCCGACGCUGGGGUCGCCUGACUACGACGACGACGAGGACGACGAAGACGACAGCGACGACCCGGGGUCCCGGAGCCGCUACUUGGAGCUGCGCGCUCUGGAGCUGUGCGCGGGCCCCGCCGAGGCCGGGCUGCUGGAGGAGCCGGCCGCCGCCCGGCUGCUCAAGCCCGAGCUGCAGGUGUGCGUGUUCUGCCGGAACAACAAGGAGGCGGUGGCGCUCUACACCACCCACAUCCUGAAGGGCCCCGACGGGCGAGUGCUGUGCCCGGUACUGCGCCGCUACACGUGUCCCCUGUGCGGCGCCAGCGGCGACAACGCGCACACCAUCAAGUACUGCCCGCUCUCCAAAGUGCCGCCGCCGCCCGCCGCCCGCCUGCCGCCGCGCAGCGCCCGGGACAGCCUGCCCGGCAAGAAGCUGCGCUGA